GCUGUGUCUUCAACCAAUAGAUAGCGCUGGGCUUCUCCACCUACGGGCAACUUAGCCGCUCAGUUCUCAGGUCUGGCUUUCCCAACCACUGAAAUCAUCUAGAGAAGAUUGGCCACGGUGAGGUAGGCAGCUGCGAACCAGGCCAUUAAGCCCUCUAUUUAAAGCUCCCAGAAGCUCGGGGGAGUGGUGACAACACAGACGAGGGUUGGAUAUUUCAACCUAUUCAGCAAGAAGGAACAUGGCAGAGAAAGGAGAGCCAGCAUCUAAAAACCUUCUGGUCCCGAUUCUGCUCUUGAUCGGCUGGGUUGUUGGAUGCGUAGUGAUGAUUUAUGUUAUUUUCUCUUGAUAGAAAACAAUUUUCUGUCUUUCAGGAAAGAAGAGUUCAGACAGGCUUCAGUUGGAAGAGCCCAGAAAAUAAAUGAAAAUGACUGAUCAUUAAAAGUUCCUACCAAUAUUUUUUAUUUA